AUGGCUGUGUCUAUAUCCAGAAAAAGAUCAAAAUCAUCUAGAAAAGUAGAAGCUAAACAAUCUUAUUUUGGCUUUACAAUCCUACACAACUUUCUUAGUCGAAUUUCUGCUGCAGUCCUCCUUCUAAUCCUUAUCUACAUGUGGUCUUCCUUCUCCACCAUUAUGACCGGAAACAUCAUUCAUGUUUGUUUUUCUUCAAGGAAGCUCAAUAGCCUCUACUGUCUUUCUGCAGGUACUCAUCCCUCCUUUGAAAUCCCAACUUCCUUAAGCAAGAACAGUUCUGUUACCCCUGGAAUUGAGGGUAAUGCAACUGAGCCUGGUAAGUUUCCAGGUACCCCAUAUCUGGUCACUAGUAGAGUAUCUAACAAUGAUAAAGAUGAGGAGAUUGCAAAAGCCGUUAAGGUUAUUGAGGAACAAUUGCAGGUUCAUCGAUCCUGGAGGUCAGAUAAAAGCUAUGCAACUUGUGAUGGUCAAGGAAUAUAUGUGUAUGAUUUGCCAUCCAUGUUUAACAAGGACUUGGUGGGUCAAUGCCGUGACAUGGUUCCAUGGCAGGAUUUCUGUAGAUAUUUCAGUAACGAGGGGUUGGGUGAGCCAAUAGCAACGCUUGGUAAGGGAUGGUAUCAAACUCAUCAGUACUCACUUGAACUCAUAUUUCAUUCGAGGGUCCUGAAGCAUCCAUGCAGGGUUUAUAGUGAAAACGAAGCAAAGCUCUACUAUGUCCCAUUCUAUGGUGGUUUAGAUAUCUUGCGAUGGCAUUUCAAGAAUGUGUCAAAUGAUGUGAAGGACAGUUUAGCUUUGGAAUUAUUGAAGUGGCUUGAGAGACAAAGGCCAUGGAAAAGGAAUUCAGGUAAGGAUCAUGUAUUUGUGUUGGGUAAAAUUUCAUGGGAUUUUAGGAGAAGUGGUGACUCUCCUUGGGGUACUAGAUUAUUAGAGCUUGACAAAAUGCAUAACCCCAUUAAGCUCUUGAUUGAACGCCAACCUUGGCAUGUGAAUGACAUUGGAAUUCCUCAUCCAACUUAUUUCCACCCUCAUUCAGACAGUGAUAUAAUGGCUUGGCAAAUGAAAAUCAUUAGAUCAAAUCGGAAAAACCUUGUAAGUUUUGCAGGAGCAGCACGCCCUGAUGCAGAGGACAAGAUAAGGACAAUGUUAAUCGAUCAAUGCACUUCAAAAGGUAAUGGUAAAUGCAAGUUUCUCAAUUGCAGUUCUGUCAAGUGUGAUGAACCAGAGCCAAUUAUAGAACUUUUUGUUGAGUCUGAGUUCUGCUUGCAACCUCCUGGGGAUAGCCCAACAAGAAAAUCUGUUUUUGAUUCACUCAUAGCAGGUUGCAUCCCAGUUCUUUUUGAUCCUUUCACAGCUUACUACCAAUAUCCAUGGCAUUUACCAAAGGAACAUGACAAGUACUCUGUGUUUAUAGACAAAAAAGAGGUGAGACAAAUGAAUGUGAACGUGGUGGAGAGGCUGACCAAUAUUUCAUCGAGAGAGAAAGAGAACAUGAGGAGGUAUAUUAUAUAUGAACUAUUGCCUGGACUAGUUUAUGGGGAUAACAACGCUGAGCUUGACAAGUUUCAGGAUGCAUUUUCCAUUACAAUGAAUAAUCUGCUUGAGAGGGUUAGCAGAUUAGAUGAAGCAUACAAGGACUGA